CCCUGAACCAUAACAUACACACAAGAUGACAACAACGCCUGGGUCUACCACAAGCUUCACAUCUGUCCCAAUACUGGACCUCGCACAAGCCAAUGACCCAGCAGCGAAGCCAAAUCUCUUGAAGCAGCUUCGCUUCGCUCUGACCGAGAUCGGAUUCCUGUAUAUCAAAAAUCAUGGCGUUCCCAGCGAAAUCAUAUCAGAUCUUGUGCACACAAUGUCAAACAUGUUUGACUUAUCUCAGGUUGAAAAGUCUAGGGUAGCUUUGGAGAACUCGCCGCAUUUUCUUGGCUAUAGCGGCGAAGGCUCUGAGACGACUGGUGGUCGGACGGAUAAUAGAGAGCAGUAUGAGUUUGCGACCGAGCUUGAGGAUCGAUGGACAGAGGGAAUGCCAUUAUAUGAAAGGCUGAAAGGGCCUUGUCAAUAUCCAGCCACAUCGCCACCAAGCCAACCCAUCAUCGAGUCAUACAUCUCACACAUCACCACUCUCUCAACCAACUUCCUCACCCUCGUCGCACAAUGCCUCGAUCUCCCACCACUCACAUUCCACUCCUACCUCUCCAACCAACACCGUCUCAAGCUCGUACACUACCCACCAUCAUCCACUCCCUCCCAAGGCGUCGGACCACACAAAGACUCCUCCGGCUGGUUCACCUUCCUCCUCCAAGCCUCCCCCUCUAUCGGCGGCCUGCAGGCACUCAAUAAAGCCGGCCAAUGGAUCGACAUCCCAGCCAUCCCCGACACAUUCGUCGUCAACAUCGGACAAGCAUUCGAAGUCAUCACGCACGGGGUAUGCAAAGCAACCACACAUCGCGUAUUAAGCCAAACGGCGGAACGCUACAGCGUCCCGUUCUUUCAGGGGGUGAGGCUGGAUCUGACGAAACGGGAGGCGUUGGACGGGCUGCGAACGCACUUUGAGACGUGGGAAAGCAGAGGCGGGGAAAGCGCGGAGGGAAGGGAGAUCGAUAGUGCGUUUCUGCAAGGUCGAUAUGAUACGUGGGGGGAGAGUCAGUUGAGGACGAAGAUUAGGAGUCAUAGGGGUGUCGGCAGGAAGUUCUAUGCGGACGUAUAUGAGCGCUACGUUAACGAGGAUUGAUAUGAGUUAUGUGAUGUGGGUUUCUUUUGACAGCUUCUACUUCUAUUAUAAGUGCUUAAUGGCGUGUACUGAGGGAUAGUAGAGUAGAUGCAUGACAGCAGGAAUGCAGAGAAGGAACUUGGCUUGGAUGUAGCUA